AUGAUUUCCACCAACUCGACGUCGCUGCGACCCGGUCACCACCGCCGUCAGAUCUCGAAUCCAGCACCUUUUGAAGCAGCAAUUGUUCCGCAACCCAUAUCCACUGUAUCCGCCAGACGAAUGCAUCGUCGCGGGCAGACCGUGGAUUAUGGCUCGUACAGUCCACAGGUUUCAAUGCCCAUGGACCGACGAACUGCUCCCAAGACGGUGCCGGAGCUUCGAGACUACUUUAACGCUAAAUCUACAGGUCCUCAUCCGGAGGCAAGAAGUGCACAGCAAUUCUCUGCCUAUGUGCCGCGUUCAGAGCAAUCCAUGAUGUCGCGUGGUCCUUCAAUGGCGCACCCAAACUAUCAAUAUCAAUCUGCGCCGAUGUGGGCCCAUGAUGAAUUGCAAGAAUUCUACACAACAUCCAUGGCCUCGAACUCGCCAGCCACCACCGUGGCCCCGAAUCUCUCAAGGUCGGCUAGCGACAGCUCUGAACACAUCGCACCAUCAUCUAGUGCUCUGCACCGCAUGCGCCAUGAGCGUAACUUCCUAUUAAUGCAAAGGGAGCAGGCCAUGGCACAAUCUCGCAUGUCACAGUCACUUUCUGAUCAGCCAGAGAUCGUCUCAGCAAAGAUGAACCCAUAUCUUUCUUACACCUCUCCUCUUACCCCCGAGUCUACCCCAAUGAAGGGUUCUUUUGAUUUUUCCAUGUAUAGCAAUGAUAUCACCCCGACCAAGUCCCAAAGUUUCUCUAUUUCCCGUACCCCAGUCAGCUCUGAAAUGCAAAGAGCCCAGUCCUACCAAGGCGCUUCCUUGGGAAGUCCAGUUCAGUUGAAGCAUCACAUCCCGUCUCCCGCCGACUCGCCCUCCAUCAACUAUGCGGAAUUAGCCAGCAUGCACUCUCCAGGCUCUUGUGGCCUCCCCGACGAUAACGACGUCGGUUCCAUCCAGGAUCAUCAACUUCGCGGCGAGUCCGUUGAGUCGUCGCUCAUGCCGUCUGGUUCUGACAUGGAACCCGAAACCAUAGACGAUUUCGACCUUGACGCGCGUGUGAAGGCCUCGGUGCGAGAAACAGGCGUCUCAAAUGAUGAGAUCAACAAGUGGAUCUCCGGUCCCGAUCCAAAAGACGGCAAAUGGGUCUGUCUCUGGCAUGACUGUGGCAAUUGUCGUUUUGGCCGCAAGGAAAACAUUCGAUCCCAUGUCCAGACGCAUCUCGAUGACCGUCCUUACAAGUGCGAUGUGUGUGAGAAGAAGUUUGUCCGUGGCCACGAUUUGAAACGCCACUUGAAGACCCAUACCGGCAAGAAGCCAUUUGCCUGCCGUUGUGGUGCCAGUUUCGCCCGUCAGGAUGCUUUGACCCGUCACCGUCAACGCGAUAUGUGCGUGGGAGGGUACAAUGGCCACACGCUCAAGACCACCCGACGAGGUCGCCCGCCCAAGAAGAACCGCCCUGAUAUGGAAUCUCGUCAGACCAAAUCCACCCGUACCCGUCUACGUGUCGCCCACAAAGCCGAAAGCAUCACCCCCAUCAAGAUUGAAAGUGAAAUCAACCAAGAGUCUCCCGUUUUCGUGUCGCCCAGUUAUGAAUCGUCUCAUAGCCUCUCAUCGUUCACGCCGCCCACCUCUCCCGGUGCCAGUCAAAGCCGUGUCCCAUCCCCUCUGCCCGCCACAAGUGCCUUUACCACCGAGUUUGAGGACCACAUCCUACCACCUAUGCCGUCUCCUCAAAUAGCGAACCACUUGCGUUAUGCUCAAUCAACCGCUCCAUUCGCCUCAAACGUUGUUGGAAUGUCGGCCCCUCACGAGUACUUCUAUAACGAUCCCUCGUUGUCUUCUCCGCACGAUAUGUCUUCGCCUCACAGCGGCCCGACACUAUCUGAAUCAUCCAUGGGCUCUGAGAUUGAUUUCUUCAUGACCCAAGAUCCAUCGGAGCAAGUGCAGGAAGAGUUUGGCGACAUCACCACUCAGGCGCUGUCCAGCUUCUCGAACUCAUACCCCUACGUCGAUUCAUCGGAUUUCCCCACGUCGUCAUUCUACACAGACAUGCCCGAGAAGUCUUUCUCGGGCCUGCCCACUCUAGACGACCCUUCCUUUGAUCAGAUCGACUCGCUCUCAAAUGAGUUCUUGGUGGAUCCUUGA